AUGAAGGUGACUGCUUCAAAGAGUCAAGCCCUGUCUGCCUCGGCCACUUCACUAAAAACUGUCUUCGAGGAGUCUCGUAGCUCCUCCGGCCACGCCGUCAACGACAGGUCUACGGCCCAACAGGGUCUGGUCCCUUCUGACCUCAUAGCGAUGGAAUCGGACCAACUCCUGACCGAACACCUUCCACCAACAGGACCAGCACAAGGACCAAGGACCAUCGAAAACCUAUCAAUUGAACAACAACAACGUCAACACUCUUCUGACCAAGGCUCCUCUCGAUCUGAAGGAACAGCAACAGCAAGUGGAGCAAGUGGAUCAGGAACAGGUUCGGAGUCAGAGCAGUCGGGAUCCUCCUCCUCGACCCCAUGGCCCGCAGCCCUGACCACCCGCUUCCAGGACCACCUCAAACUGUUCUUCUCGAUGCACCACAAGCUGUUUGACCUCGUCGCCUUCUACGUGGUCAUGUUUGCCCUCAACGGCCAGAUCACCUCCCUCCCAACCCGCCUCGAAUGGAUAGGAUUCUGUGUCCAGUCCAUCGUCGCUCUGCGAAGAGCUUUCCAAACCUCGAUCAAACACGGACUUGGACUAACGUCGUUCUUGGGCAUGCUCGAUCUGCUCGUCGGACAACUCUUUCUGCAUCAGGAUCGACUUGGCUUCCUUCCAACCGUCGCCAAUAUCCUCGUCUACUUUUAUGUCAUCAACCUGACUCGUGGACUUGUCUUUGGUGACUCGGUUUCUUGUCUCCUCUGGUUCCUCUUUGGACUUGUCGAUAUUUACAGGAGAGAUCUCUCGUCGGCCUCGAUUCUGGAUCUGACGACUUACAGAGUCAUCCCUGUUCAUACUGUUGGAUUUGGACUCUACAUCCUCAUGUCCGAGUUGGUCGAUGUCAUGCUCCACAGCGCAGAGCCGGAUCAGAUCCAGGGGCGAUAUCUCAACUAUGUGGGCGCACAAAAGGAAGGCCCCGUCUCUUUCAGAGACCCAAGUACCGGAGCAACAACCCUCAUUACAGGAUUCCAAAAACGCACCAUCAAUACCAUCAUCGUCAUCAUCAUCAUCACCAUCAUCAUCAUCAACAACAACGGACCAUCAACGCCAACUCCGCGGAUCAUCUCGACAUCCGACAUUGUGAUCCAUGUCAACUAUAUCCCCUGGCGGCAAGUCCAAUACCAUUUCCCGGACGAGCAGAGUUUUACGCUUUUUGGGCUCACGCCGGCGACCGAUUAUGAGAUCGAGAUGAAAGUGCACCGGUUCUCGAGCUUCAUUGCCAGAGUUGGCACUCGCGCCGCACCACCUGGGACACUAAUACCGACGACCACUUUCGAGAAACCCGUUCAACCCAUCGACCCAGCACCAAAGAACCACAAGAACCGCAAGAGCAAACGGAACCAAAAGGCUCUACGGGACAAUAAUAGCAACAGCAGCAACGACAGGACAGGAGCAGGAUCAGGAGGAGACGGUGGCAAAUCCAAGGCCACCAGCACUUCUACGACUGUCGGUUCUGCGUUGCCCGCCUUGGCAACCGCUGCGUCUGACGCGCUCGCCUCCCUUUCUCAGUCAUCACGUUCUUCAGACUCCUUACCCCUCUCGGACAAACUUGCUUCCUCACUCGUGGAGCAAAAGAGUGCAAACCAACUGCUUCUGGAACAACUCCAGGCCUCGAUUCAGGCAUCCGUCGACACUGCCGCGGCCACCAGGGCGACCAUCAAGAAGCUCAAGCGGGACCAAAGCAAAUCUGAAACCCUCCUCCGACAAGAACUGGAAGGGAUCGGACGCGGGCAGGCAAAAGCCGCACUCCAGGACCAAAAGCGACGGCAGAAACUGUCGUUCCUCCAGGAAUCGAUCAAGCAGACUAAUGCUCACGCUGUGACGCUGCAGGAUGAGGCGCGGGAGAUCAAGGAAGCGACGGUUUUAAGCCAGCAGUCCCUUGAGGAUAUUGUUGAGGUUAUCCGGACGCUGGAGUUGGACGUUCAGGCUGCGCAGUCGACCCUCAAGUCUGAGAUUGCCCCCCUCAAGCUGGAAUGUCAGAGGCUGCAGGCCGAGAUGAAGCGACUGGAGGGGGAACGAGUGGACUGGGCGAACCAGACGAGCCAGCUUCAAGAGAGCGAGGUGGCACCGUUGCAGUUGCGGCUUCAGCGUUUGGAGCAACAGCAGAUUGUCUGGAAGGUCGCUGCCAAGGCCAACAAGGACAAGGACCGUGAGGCGGCGCUCAAAGUUGCAGCACUCGAGGAGGAUGUUCAGAAGAAGAAUGGAAAGAUCCAGGAUCUGGAUGCUACUAUUCAGGAACUGAAGGGUGAGAAUGUCCAACUCAAGGAGGCCGUUGAGAGGGAGAUGGAGGUCUGGGAGAGCCUUGAGCGGGAGUUUGAUCUUGACGGUGAUGAAGAGGAGGAUGAUCAUCCGCUUCUGACGUUCUCGCAGGACCAGCUCUCCUCGUCGUCGCUUCUUUCUGGGACCAGCAUUGGAAGCGAACUUCAUGCGCCACUGCACCACCAGUUCAAGCAUCAUAUGUCGAUCGACCCUACUUAUAGCGACUCGUUUUGGUUCUCCUCCGGGAACGGGACCACCUCUUCUUCCUCGGGAGCCGCGGAUCUGUGGCAGACCGCUUCUUCUUCUACGAGUAAGCCUAUCCUUCCCCCUCUGGCGCGUCUCCAAUCUGGCGACAAUGGGUAUCAUGCCUCAGCGGGUGCUUCUGGUGCUCGGUCAGAUAUAUAA